AUGUGUCAAUGGGAGCCAAAGAACACAAAGCCAACCUCUACCCACAAAAUGCCCAUAAGGAUCGGAGACUGGCUCCAACGUCGGCAAAACCCACUAAGCGUCUAUCACCUCUCCUCUACCACACCCGCCCCGACAGCAGCGGUGGCAGCGGCAGCUUCAGUCACUGCAUCAACAGGGUGUGAGGCCUUGAGUAGUACUCCCACCGUCGCUGCCCUCACCUCACAAUCUGCAAAAGCGAAUGAAUUGCCUGCUAGUAAUCUUGCCACAUUCCCUGUCAAAGAGUCCACCGGUCGCCGAACCACUCUGGCACCACCAAUGGCUCAACGGAACCUUUUUCGCAGCAGUAGUCUCUCCGUCAACCGUGGAAAGUAA